AUGGCUACUUGGGUAUACCCACCACUACCUCCGCAGCAGCUGGAACCGGAAGCUGAUAGUGCAUUGGCCAGGGAAUUAGAAUGGUUACUGCGUUCCCUGCAAGACUCGCUAGCCUCCCUAAGGGAAGGCUUGCAUGAAUGCGCUGCGCUUCUUGCCCCUAAAGAGCCAGGCUCAACAUUGGUUAUGUCCUCUGUACGAUCAGAAAUCGUGAAAGGAUUCGUAACAAGGAUUGGGACCAAAGUCGUGAAAGGCGAUAUUCAACUACGCCUUGGCUCCCUUGCUCCUGCACGCGGCUCCCCAACAACUCGCUUAUGUUUGUCGAACUCGCCCGGUGCACCAGAGCUUGUGCUGCAUCAGUUGGUUUCGGUGAGGGAUUUGGUCAACCAGAGUCUCGAUGUGGUGGACGUCAGCACUUGGACUGGCGACCCGCUCAAUGCAAGUUUCAUAUAUGGGCAGCUGCGUCUAUUAUAUGAAACUCUGUCCGAGGCUCGGCAGAUGCUGAAGGGUGAGAGUGAUCAGGUCAGGGGCAAGUGGUGGGAGACAAGUGCGCUUGAGGAUAUGUUUGACCCGCCGUUGCCGCUAAACCUUUCGUUCCAUCUCUCGAUCGCCGAUUCAGCCCUCGUUUUGUGUCUAAGGACGCUCGAGUCCAGCACACCCACACAUACUCCAACAGCUUUUGCCACCGACAUUUCUUUGACUGGGUUCAAUCUGCGAGACCGUUUGUUUGGAACUCGACACCGCGGACAUGAUGAGGUCGGAGAACUUUUCACGUGGAAGGGAGACGAGGUCAAAGUAAGGGAAAAGAUCCGCGUGGAAAGUCAGGACCCGAGCCUGAUGGCAGUCAUGGCGAAGUUGACUGCUCUGCAACAUGAAGUGAUGAAAUGGAUUUCUGCGCUGAAAGUGCUUAUGGGCAACGAAGAUACCGAUAGCGAGGAAUAG